AUGGCUUUUGGAAAGGAGGACCUUGAUUUGGUGUUGGUCCCAAGUGGAUUGCUAAUCAUGUUUCUCUAUCACAUCAUCCUUCUCUACAGAUAUCUUCAUCUCCCUCAGACCACAACCAUUGGCUUUGAGAACAAUGACAAAAGAGCUUGGGUUGAAAGAAUUAUGCAGGAUGAUAAAAGAGAUAUUGGCACAGUCCUCAGUGUGAUUUCAUCCAACAUAUCAGCAGUAACUUUUUUGUGUUCCGUCUCCUUAAGUCUCAGUUCUCUCAUUGGAACCUGGCUUGGAAGUAGUUCCAGCCAUGAAGUCUUUACGAGCGAAUUAAUCUACGGCAACGUGAGCCCCUCAAUCCUUACCAUCAAGUACAUAAGCCUCUUAACUUGUCUUCUUCUAGCCUUUGCAUGCUUUGUUCAAUCAGCAAGGCACUUUGUUCAUGCAAACUAUCUGAUAAGCACACCAGACCGUAAUAUUCCGGCUUCGUACGUGGAGCUGGCAGUUAUAAGAGGAGGUGAUUUCUGGUCACUUGGGCUUAGAGCACUCUAUUUUGCUCUAACUCUGCUUCUGUGGUUUUUUGGUCCAAUACCAAUGUUUAUGUCCUCCUUGGUUUUGGUCAUAUUCCUCCAUUACAUGGACACAAACACCAGACCUUUUCAUGACUACCAGCUUCCGGGAAGGCAGCUGGUUAAAGAGGUUGGUCAGAGAAUCACAGAGGUGGCUGUGAACAUUCAUCAGCAUGAAGAAACAAUUGAAACUAAAGAGAAUACCACCACAGCUAAUCCCAUGAAAUCAGUCGAUUCCCCAAUAUCUGUAUUGACAGACUCGAUAUCACAAGAUCAGCAAUAUAUUAUAGCUAAAGAUUGAUUUGUAGUUUAUUCUGACAUGUAUAAGAUU